CCGGCUCCGGGCGAGCGGGGCCGGAGCUGCGGUUGCGCCAUCUGUCAGGAGCCCCGGUGGGAGGGGAGGGGAAGCGAAGCGGAGGCAGCGCGGAGAGCCUGUGCGAGCCCAUCGCUGCCCGCCGCACGAAGCCGGCGGGGAGAGGCAGCGGCGCCCCUCGCUGCGGGCGGCGGAGGAGCGGGGCGAGGACGAUGUGAGUGCGGUGGUGCCGCGCCGGCCCCGCGCUGAGCCGCCCCAGGGCACAUUUUCGAGCCAUUUUUGAGGAAAUGUGGUGAAUGUAAACUUGUUCUGUUUUGGGGGAAAAUUCUGCUGAGACUCGCAUUAGCCCUUUUGGCCACAGCCUUGCGUGGGGAAUUCAUGUCAAGCUGAUUGCCUCCCUGGACCCUGGUCUCAUAUUCAGUCUCUGCUUCGGAGGAUAGAGUCCUCUCUCUCCCUCUAAUCCUGAUUUUAGAUAAUGGGCUGUGUGCAAUGUAAGGAUAAAGAAGCAACAAAACUGACUGAUGAGAGGGAUGGCAGCUUAACUCAAAGCUCAGGCUACCGCUAUGGGACAGAUCCCACUCCGCAGCACUAUCCUAGCUUUGGUGUGACUUCAAUUCCAAACUACAACAACUUCCACGCCACAGGAGGCCAAGGACUGACUGUGUUUGGUGGAGUCAAUUCCUCCUCUCAUACAGGGACACUGCGUACAAGAGGAGGAACAGGUGUAACUCUUUUUGUGGCACUAUAUGACUAUGAAGCAAGAACAGAAGAUGACUUGAGUUUUCACAAAGGAGAAAAAUUUCAAAUACUCAACAGCUCGGAAGGAGACUGGUGGGAGGCCCGAUCCUUGACGACAGGCGAAACUGGUUACAUUCCUAGUAAUUAUGUGGCUCCGGUCGAUUCCAUCCAAGCAGAGGAGUGGUACUUCGGCAAACUUGGCCGAAAAGAUGCCGAGAGACAGCUGUUGUCAUUUGGAAACCCCAGAGGUACCUUCCUGAUCCGGGAAAGUGAAACCACCAAAGGUGCCUAUUCCCUGUCUAUUCGAGACUGGGAUGAUAUGAAAGGAGAUCAUGUCAAGCAUUAUAAGAUUCGUAAACUUGACAAUGGUGGAUAUUAUAUUACAACUCGGGCACAAUUUGAAACUCUUCAGCAGCUGGUUCAGCAUUAUUCAGAGAAAGCUGAUGGUUUGUGUUUUAACUUAACUGUGAUUGCUACGAAUAAUAUCCCACAAACUGUUGGAUUGGCUAAAGAUGCAUGGGAAGUUGCACGUGAUUCAUUAUUUCUGGAACAGAAGCUUGGUCAGGGGUGUUUCGCUGAAGUGUGGCGUGGUACGUGGAAUGGAAAUACUAAAGUGGCUAUCAAGACCCUGAAGCCUGGCACUAUGUCUCCAGAAUCUUUCUUAGAGGAAGCCCAAAUCAUGAAGAAGCUAAAACAUGACAAACUGGUCCAACUUUAUGCUGUGGUAUCUGAAGAACCUAUCUAUAUUGUCACGGAGUAUAUGAGCAAAGGGAGUUUGCUAGAUUUCUUAAAAGAUGGAGAAGGAAGAGCAUUGAAGUUGCCGAAUUUGGUGGACAUGGCAGCCCAGGUGGCUGCAGGAAUGGCGUACAUCGAGCGAAUGAAUUACAUACACAGAGAUCUGCGGUCUGCAAACAUUUUGGUGGGGAAUGGCCUAAUAUGCAAGAUUGCCGACUUUGGAUUGGCAAGACUGAUUGAAGACAAUGAAUAUACAGCCAGACAAGGUGCAAAGUUUCCCAUUAAAUGGACUGCGCCAGAAGCAGCGUUGUAUGGAAGGUUCACAAUAAAGUCGGAUGUGUGGUCUUUUGGGAUCCUAUUGACAGAGCUGGUAACAAAAGGGAGAGUGCCAUACCCAGGCAUGAAUAACCGUGAAGUUUGGAGCAAGUUGAACGUGGUUAUCGGAUGCCAUGUCCUCAGGACUGUCCCAUCUCCUUGCACGAGCUUAUGAUCCACUGCUGGAAAAAAGACCCAGAGGAGCGUCCAACUUUUUGAAUAUUUGCAGGGUUUCUUGAAGACUACUUCACUGCAAACAGA